AUGGCCGAACGGCGCAUGCCCUCUAACGUGUCUGAACUCAAGAAGGUCGCUGCGAAAGCACUCAACAAACCUGUUGGAGACGUCAAGCUGUUGAGAAAGAUUGCUGAAGGUGGCUUCAACCGUAUCCUGGAGGUGACGAUGAAUGAUGGCGCAUCGAUACUCGCACGUCUUCCUUACCCGUCAACCGUACCACGACGAUUAGCAGUAGCAAGUGAAUUCGCAACAAUAGACCUCCUUCGCGCGAACGGAAUAUCUGCACCUCAAGUUUUAGCCUACUCGACUGAUGAGAACGCUGUGUGCGCAGAGUACAUGUUGAUGGAAAGAACGUCAGGAAAGCCGCUUAGUAGAGUAUGGGUUCACUUGACUGAUGAUGAAAGAUUCAAGACCUUGCAUCAAAUAGUUACCAUGGAAGCCAAGCUGUUCGCUGUGGAGUUGCCAGCCAGUGGCGGCAUCUACUACUCUGAUGACUUACCUCCGACGAUGCCUCGCAUAGAUAUACCUGAAUUUGACAACGGCUUGUGCAUUGGUCCAUAUGCACACUCAGUGUGGUGGUACGGCGAACGCAAAUAUCUGGACAUUGACCGUGGUCCUCAUACUAAUCCUCAGCACGUCCUUCGGAGCUUCGCGGACAAGGAGAUAGCCUGGAUUCAUGCUCACGGUCGACCGCGCUAUCCGUCUGACUGUGAAUACAUCGAAUCGUUCGGUUACAAAAUGCAAGAUCCUGAAGAACAUGCCAGUUCGUUAGAAGACUACUUGCGUCUGAUACCUUAUCUUGUACCCGCAGACCCACUAUCGUACACUCCGACACUUCGACAUCCUGACCUCACUCCCAAUAACAUAUUGAUAACUGACAACCUUAUCGUAACCGGUUUUAUCGACUGGCAACAUGCCAUGGUCCUCCCUGCUUGGCUGACCGCCGGCAUAACACCAGCCUUUGAAAACUACGCGGACGAGGGCUACGUGGUCUUCAAAUCCCAAAAUUCCCGGAGGACCUUCAGUCUAUGA